GGGGUACGAGCAGAGGAGGAUACGCGCCUAUAAAACCUCGGCGUUCCGGCUUAUUGGCCGAAGUUUAAGUCCGCGUUUUCCCGCGACCAGCAACACCCCAAGGCGUUCGCGAGCCCCAGCGGGCUUUACUGGCCGUUCAGCAUGAGGAUUCGCCCGGGAUGCGCGACCGCGCUAGCGCUGCUACUGCAGGUCGCUCUGGUGGCGAGCAAGGCAUUGGAACAGAAGCAACAGCUGCUGCAGCCGCAGUCACAGCAGCAAAUCCCUUACAGUGCGCAAGCAGUCGCUCAGAAGCGAGUAGGCUACGGAGGCGGAGGUGAUUUCGGAGGUGGAGGUUUCGGCGGUGGUGACCACCACGGUGGCGGCGGCGGCGGCGGCGGCUUCGGAGGCGGCGGUGGUCACGGAGGUGGCGCCGACUUUGGCGGCUACGGCGGUGGUGGCGGUGGAGACCACCACGGCGGCGGUGGCGGCUUCGGAGGCGGCGACUUCGGAGGUGGUCAUGGCGGCGGCGGUGGCGACUUUGGUGGCGGCCACGGCGCCGGUAUCAGCGACUUUGGAGGUGGUCAUGGAGGUGGUCAUGGAGGUGGUCAUGGAGGUGGUCAUGGCGGCGGCGGUGGCGACUUUGGUGGCGGCCACGGCGCCGGUAUCAGCGACUUUGGAGGCGGUGAUGACCACCACGGUGGCGGCGACUUCGGCGGCGGUGACGUGACCGGAUACGGCGGCGGUGGCGGCGGUGGCGGCGGUGGACACGACGACCACCACGACGACCACCACCACGAGAAGGGCUACUGGAAGAAGAAGCUCAUCUGGAAACCGGGCUGGAAGAAGGUCUGGAAGAAGGCCCAGAAGCAGAUCUGGAAGCAAGGCUGGAAGAAGAUCUGGAAGCCCGAGUGGGUGCCGACGAAGAAGGCCAUCUGGAAGGACAUCCAAGUGCCGGCCUGGAAGAAGAUCUGGAAGCCAGUGUGGAAGGAGAUCCAGGUACCGGCCUGGAAGGAGAUCAAGGUGCCGGCCUGGAAGAAGGUCUACAAGCCGAUCUGGGUGCCGAUCAAGGUUCCGGCCUGGAAGGACAUCCAGGUUCCCGACUGGAAAAAGGUCUACAAGCCAAUCUGGGUGCCGAUCAAGGUCCCAGCCUGGAAGGACAUCCAGGUACCGGCCUGGAAGAAGAUCUGGAUACCCGAGUGGAUCAAGGUCGGCAUCCCCGGCGAGAAGCACCUCGGCACCGACGCCCACGGCUGGCAGUACACCAGCCACGACCUCUGGAAGAAGAAGCUCGUGUGGAAGCCGCUCUGGAAGAAGAUCUGGAAGCCCGCGAAGAAGCAGAUCUGGGUGGAGGACAAGAAGCUCGAAUGGAAGGAGGAGUGGAAGCAAAUCUGGAAGCCCGCGAAGAAGCAGAUCUGGGUCGAGGACAAGAAGCUGGCCUGGAAGGAGGAAUGGAAGCAGAUCUGGAAGCCCGGCAAGAAGCAGAUCUGGGUGUCGGACAAGAAGCUCGAGUGGAAGGAAGACUGGAAGCAGAUCUGGAAGACCGAGCAGAAGCAGGAGUGGAUCGAGGACAAGAAGCUCGUGUGGAAGGAGGCCUGGAAAGAGAUCCAGGUGCCGGCCUGGAAGGACAUCUGGGUGCCAGCCUGGAAGAAGAUCUGGAAGCCCGUCUGGAUAUCCGAGUGGUUCCCCAUCGACGACCACCACGAGGCUCACGGAUGGAAGGACCGCAAGGACACGGUGACGCAGCAGACGCAGCUACAGCCGGCGGUGCAGAAGCUGCCAGCCCAGCAGCAGCAGCAGCAGAGCAGCGCGAACCCGAUCAGGUGGGACAGGUCGUUCCAGGGACCAGCGGCCCCGGCGGCGGUGGCUCCGGUCUCGGCGGCCCAGCUGCCCUCGAUCACGCAGGAUCUCGUGCCUCCGCCACUGGUCCAACCGGCCGGUCAGCAGACGCAGAGCUUCAGCUUUCCCAGUCGCUGAGGAUGAGCACCCUUAGGGAGCUUGCGAGCCGACGAGCCUGUACAAAUUCACCUGACUCGUCCCUCCCUACAACACUCUGUCUGAUCUACUUACCGAGAUCUUUGCAUAAGAUACUAUUAUCGUUCGCGCUGUAUGAUACGAUAUAAGCCAACUGUGUACAUAUUAUUCGUUAAGCUGUGUAACUCGACUGAAGGGCCCUUCUCUACUCUCGCCUUGUAUUCUUCAUCUUUCAUACUCUCCUCCUCGAUCUAUUUUCAUCUUCUCUCUUUUUAAGCUAGCGCCCUCGACCAAGCGUUUAUUAUUAUUCUUCUAUUUUUAUACUUCGCCCUCCUCCAUACUAUUUUUUUUUUUAUACUCGCACGCAUGCACGCGUUGUUAUAUAUGAUGUUGUCCAACUUAUUGUUAACUAAUGCUAUCGAAUAAAGUUGAUUAAUUUUUGUUAAAAAAAAACACCUCU